AUGGCUAGCCUUUUCCUUCUUGCAGCAAUUUUCAUCUUCACUUUCCAUUCAGCCUCUUCAGCAAAUACCAGCUACCAAACUUACAUUGUCCAUGUCGACUUGCCGCCGGCCGAAGAAGACGGAGUUUCGGGACAAUUAUCAUCGUCAAAUCUCGAAACAUGGUACCGUUCGUUCCUGCCAUCAUCCGAUGCCGCCACAUCGGAUUCGGACAAUCAUCACACGCCCUCGUCUCGCAUAGUUCACAUGUACCGCACUGUGAUCACAGGAUUCGCAGCGAAAUUAUCGGCAGACGAAGUGAAAGAGAUGGAGAAGAAAGAAGGAUUUAUAUACGCGAGGCCGCAGCAGAAGUACCAUCUCCACACGACCCACAGUCCCAACUUCUUGGGGUUGCACCAGGGCGUCGGAGCAUGGCCGGAAUCAAACUACGGCAAGGGUGUGAUUAUCGGUGUGAUAGACUCCGGAAUCACACCGGGCCACCCCUCGUUCAAUGACAAAGGAAUGCCACCACCGCCUACAAAAUGGAAAGGAAAAUGUGAAUUGAACGGAACUCUAACAUGUAACAAUAAGCUCAUCGGUGCGAGAAAUUUUGCGAGCCAAUUGCCGGGCCCGCCUAUCGACACCUUCGGGCACGGGACCCAUACAGCCAGCACGGCCGCCGGAAACUUCAUCUCCAACGCAAAUGUGUCUGGCCAAGCCAAUGGAACCGCUUCCGGCAUCGCUCCUCUCGCGCACCUUGCUAUCUACAAGGUCGGUUCGCUAGAGUCCAUGUUUGACAGCGACGUAUUGGCCGGAAUGGACGCGGCUAUCGAGGACGGCGUCGAUGUGAUUUCCAUCUCUCUCGGAGGAGAUGCAAUUACUCAUACUACUCCGUUCUACAAAGACAUCAUUGCUAUAGGCGCAUUCAGCGCCAUCGAGAGGGGCAUUUUCGUCAGCUGCUCGGCUGGAAACAGCGGCCCUGGCAAUUCGUCGUUGUACAACACGGCGCCUUGGAUUCUCACGGUCGGUGCCAGCACCACCGACAGGAAGAUAAAAGCAACCGUGCUGCUCGGAAACGGCGAGGCUUACGAAGGUGAAUCGCUUUACCAGCUGAAAGAAGAUGGCUUGCCCGAACAAUUUUUGCCCCUCGUGUACGGUUCAUGGUCCGGGUCCGAAUCGUUGGACGUAAAGGGGAAAGUAGUCUUGUGUGAGAUGGGCGAGGACGACAAUGGAGAAACCGUGAAAGAUGCCGGUGGUGCCGCCAUGAUUGGGAUGAAUGACGAGACCCACGGCUAUUACACCGAACCCUUACCGCACGUACUUCCUGCAACGCUCGUGAGUUACGAAGCCGGGCUAAAGAUCAAAGCAUACAUAGAAGGUGCUAAUUCUUCGACCUCUACUGCAGCUAUCUCAUUCAGAGGCACAACUAUCGGGGACAAGACUGCUCCAAUGGUUACACCGUUCUCGUCUAGGGGUCCCAAUUUGGUCAGUCCCGGAAUUCUGAAACCCGAUAUUAUCGGCCCCGGUUCCAGCAUUCUCGCAGGCUGGUCUGUCUCCGUAUCCACAUUCGACAACAAGACAACUAAUUUAAAAAUGGAUUCGGGCACUUCAAUGUCGUGCCCGCACCUGAGUGGGGUCGCGGCUCUUAUCAAGAGCGUGCAUCCCGAUUGGUCUCCCGCAAUGGUGAAGUCAGCAAUAAUGACGUCCAGCACUCAGACAAACCUCGGCAAGAUUCCGAUUCUCGACCAACGGUAUCGGACCGCUGACGUGUUUGCCGUUGGGGCGGGACAUGUGAACCCGCCCGCG